UGACGAUUGACGAUUCUCUUACAAUGUUACGAACGAUACAUCGUCUGGCUGCGUAAUUGACUUAUUUACAAUAUAUACGAGCCGAUCGUGUAAUUACGCAUAAUAGAACGUUUAAACGAAAUGUUUUUAGUGAUGAAAAAAGUACUAUUGUGUUUCGUUCCUUAAUAAAAUUGUUAAUAAAGUACAACCAAAUCUUUAAGCAUUCGUUAUGGCAGCACCAAAAUUUCCUGUAAAAGAAGCAGAAUUAUUACCUGAUCAACAUGAAUUUGUCGUGCCAAAAAAGCGUAUCAAGAUACCGACUGAUAUAGCAGUUUGGCAAAAAUCUGAAGCAUACUUUGAAUAUUUGGGAUUUAUUUUAGCAUUAAAUGAAGCUGUUCAAGGAAAAGCUUUGGACGCAGAUUGUCCACAGUCUCCUUCAGUAAAUAAUGUUGUACAAAUGUUAAACAAAUUUGAUGAAUGGAUAACAGAAAUUCCACCUACUGAACAGCCUCAGCGAUUUGGUAAUAAAUCAUUUCGUACAUGGCACGAAAGAUUGCAGCAGAAUGCAGUAGAUGAAUUGAAGCAAGUAUUACCAGAAAAAUUGCAUCGCGCAAUCCUAGAGAUAGUUCAGUAUUUAUGUGAAAGUUUUGGAAAUCCAACUCGUAUAGACUAUGGAACGGGCCAUGAAAUGGCUUUUCUCAUGUUUCUCUGCUGCAUGUUUAAGAUAGGCGCAUUCAAAGAUGAUGAUAAAGUUGCUGUUGUAAUAAAAGUAUUUAAUAGGUAUCUUGAAUUAGAACGUAGACUUCAAUUGACAUAUCGUAUGGAACCAGCAGGUAGCCAUGGUGUUUGGAGCUUAGAUGAUUAUCAAUUUGUACCCUUUAUAUGGGGAAGUGCACAGCUUAUUGGACAUCCUCGGAUAGAACCUCGUCAUUUUGUGGACCAAGCUAUUGUAGAAUCAUACAGCAAAAAAUACAUGUUUCUUGGCUGUAUUGAAUUUAUUUCAAAGGUGAAAAUAGGACCUUUUGCCGAACAUUCGAAUCAAUUGUGGAAUGUUAGUGCAGUAUCUACAUGGUCAAAAGUAAACAAUGGUCUUAUUAAAAUGUAUAAAGCAGAGGUGUUGGCAAAAUUUCCUGUUAUUCAACAUGUCUUCUUUGGCUCUUUAUUACCAUUAACGCCAAUGAAUGUUCCUCCAAGCUAUAGAGGAGCUCAUCUCAAUGCACUACCAUCAGCAACAUCGGAAUAAAAAGAAAAAAAAAUAUAUAUAUAUAUAUAUCUACUAAAUACUUUUAUUGCUGUGGAACAUUUUAUUACGCUUCCCAGUACUUGUAAUAAAAUUACAUAUUCUCAUGCAUUUCAACAUCUCAUUAGUGCUAGUCACUAUAGUGCUUUUGUUAGCAUUGAAUACAUUUUUUUAGCUUAUCAGAAAUUGUUCAUUUAUAAUUAUGCAAGAGAAUAUUUUUAUACAUUGCGAGUUGUGUGAUAGAAAUAUAUAGUUAUGUUAUUUAAUGACACAAAUUUGUUUGAAAGAUAUCGCAUUUGAUUAUGUUGUAGGCAUAAAAUAGUGGAUAAUUUUUUAAGUAUUUGCUCUCAAUAAAGAUAUAAAAUUA